AUCCUUGAGAACUUCGAAGCCGCCGUGGCCGCUCCGCGGGCCGAGCUGCGGGCAGCCAGCGGAAAGAGGAUUACCCGGCCGGGGCCAAUGUCUGCCGCGCUUCCUCGGCAGUAUGAAGACGUCGGAGGCGCAACUCUUAGCUCCGGACUGCCUUCCUUCAGACCAGGCCUCAGCUCCAGCCCAUCUCUCUCCUCAGGUUUCCCUGAUGGAUAAAAAUACCGACCCCGAACUGGUGCCACCGCCACCCGAUGGGGAGGAGCCACCCCGAACGUCCCCGGUUCCUGUGGCUGCCUCAGCUGUGUCCCAGGAGCUGGGGGAAGGGGACCCAGCUACUCUCUCCACUCCCCUGGAAACAGAGUGUGGUACUCCUAGUGAGUUGAGUCCUCGAAUCGAGGAGCAAGAACUUUCUGAAAAUGCAAGCCUUCCUGCAGGAGAAACGAACCGGCCAGAGGUGGGGUCUGGAGAAGCCACGGAGGCUGUGUCUGAGGAAGCCGCUCCAGAGGAUGAGGGAGACACCACUUGGAACUACAGCUUCUCCCAGCUACCUCGAUUUCUUAGUGGUUCCUGGUCAGAGUUCAGCACCCAACCGGAGAACUUCUUGAAAGGCUGUAAGUGGGCCCCCGAUGGUUCCUGCAUUUUGACUAAUAGUGCUGAUAACAUCCUGCGGAUCUAUAACCUGCCCCAAGAGCUAUACAGUGAAGGGGAGCAGGUAGAAUAUGCAGAAAUGGUCCCCGUCCUUCGAAUGGUGGAAGGUGAUACCAUCUAUGAUUACUGCUGGUAUUCUCUGAUGUCCUCGACACAGCCAGACACUUCCUACGUGGCCAGCAGCAGCCGGGAGAACCCGAUUCACAUCUGGGAUGCAUUCACUGGAGAGCUCCGGGCUUCCUUUCGCUCCUACAACCACCUGGAUGAGCUGACGGCAGCCCAUUCGCUCUGCUUCUCCCCGGAUGGCUCCCAGCUCUUCUGUGGCUUCAACCGGACUGUGCGUGUCUUCUCCACGUCCCGCCCUGGCCGAGACUGUGAGGUCCGAGCCACAUUUGCAAAAAAGCAGGGCCAGAGCGGCAUCAUCUCCUGCAUAGCCUUCAGCCCAACCCAGCCCCUCUACGCCUGUGGCUCCUAUGGCUGCUCCCUGGGUCUGUAUGCCUGGGAUGAUGGCUCCCCUCUCGCCUUGCUGGGAGGGCACCAAGGGGGCAUCACUCACCUUUGCUUUCACCCUGAUGGCAACCGGUUCUUCUCAGGAGCUCGCAAGGAUGCCGAGCUUCUGUGCUGGGAUCUCCGGCAGCCUGGUCACCCAUUGUGGUCCCUGAGUCGAGAGGUGACCACCAAUCAGCGCAUUUACUUCGAUCUGGACCCGACUGGGCAGUAUCUAGUGAGUGGCAGCACUAGUGGGGCCGUCUCUGUGUGGGACAUCAGUGGGGCUGGGGACGACGGGAAGCCGGAGUCAGUGCUGAGCUUUCUGCCCCAGAAGGACUGCACCAACGGAGUGAGCCUGCACCCUAGCCUGCCUCUGCUGGCCACUGCCUCCGGUCAGCGUGUGUUUCCAGAGCCCACAGAGAGUGGGGACGAAGGGGAGCAGGAGCUGGACCUUCCCCUGCUCUCCACGCGCCACGUCCACCUUGAAUGUCGCCUUCAGCUGUGGUGGUGUGGGGGGCACCCAGAUGCCAAUGUCCCUGGUGAUUACCAGGGUGAGGAGGAACAAGGAGGGGCAGGGAGAGGUGGGGAUGGGCUUAUAUAAAGAGGUUUUAUAUGAUA